AGAUCCGCCUGCUACUCAGGAAGCCGUGGGCUGAUGUUAAUGUAGUCGGCCCACGAUUCAGGGGGAGAGAGAGAGAGUAAGUGAGUGAGUGAGACACACACAGAAUUACCAGCAGCUGCUCGCUCAGCGUAACAAGCCGUGGAAUGAACUUGUCUGAGACUUGAGCAGGGCAGUAGCAAUAUUCCGUUACUCUUGUGCAAAGUGGAUUUUAAGCCGGAGCGAACAUUGCAAGAUGCUGCUGGUCUCUCAGCGGGUUGAAGCACCUCGCAUGGAGCAGCACAUCUCGCUCCAAGGAUCAAUAAAAAGGAAGUUGGAAAGCAACGGCUCACCUGCCAGUCAUGACAAAAUCAAUGAUCUGUCGGAUGGCACGUUCUCGGGCGAGGUUAAAAGGAUCUGUCUUGACGAUGUCAGCCUUUCGAUGGGUCAGGGCGAUGCCUCCAGCGUCCUUCGCCCCGAUGUGCAAAGCUCCUCACUUCCAAUUGGGCACCGCAGCCAGGCCCUGCAGACUCCUGCCUCCAUGGGCCCCUCUUUGGGUUGUGUAGCCCCGGGCACCAAUGCGGGCCUCAUGGGCAGCAACCAAGCCAACGGGAAUGACAUUAGCUCACAAUUUGCCGUGACAUCCAAUGCGGAGAUGAAACCCAGUGUAGGGGAUGGUCACAGCAUGUUCUCGUUUGACUCCAAGGGGGUGAACAAUAUGCAAACGAUGGAUCAGGACUUGGAGGACCUUCUGGAGGAGUUGACAAAUAUGCCGAAUCCUCCCCUCAACGAACUCGACCUUUUGACCAACAGGAACGACCCGCUGAACCUGGGCCUCGCGCAGACAAGUCAGGGCAACACUCGAAAGCCAUCGCCUCAGGCGGCCUCCCAUCUGGAGAACGCCAUACCCAGCCGAGAGUUUUCUCCCAUUUACAGUCAGGCGCCGGCAGGGUCCCCCCAGCGAAGGCCCCCGUCGACAGGUACCUCAUAUCCGUUACCGGCACCGCCCAACACCAUGCCACUGCCCAUGUCUUCGACGUCACAAAACCAAGGGACGAACCAGGCCCAGCCGCCAUUGCUGUCCAGCACCAGCGCCAACCGAGUUGGGACCAACUGGCAUGAACUGUCGCACGCCCAGCAAUUGAAGAAGAUAGCGGCGAGCCAGCAUCAGCGUUCUGUCACCCAGCAGUCACACCCGCAACAGGGCCAGGCGGCCAACUGGCCCUCAGUGGCUUCCUCCGGGCCUUCCCCGCCCUACCAGCCGGACAAGCUGCCGAGCCCCUCCCUGCACCAGCAGCCGUUCAGCCCCCCGAGCGCCAUGCUGCCCAGCAUCCCCGCCUCGAGCGGCACAAUGCAGAGUUACCUCUACAACAAGGCGCCGUCUAGCCAGCCCAACCGCAUCCCCAUGAUGGUGCAGCAGCCGGCCGGCCUGAGCCAGGGCCCGGUGACUGAGAACUCCCUGCCUUCCGAGCAGCUCUCGUUCAGCAACACCAAGCCGCUGUCGCACUUUGACCCUGACCUACCUGCUCAGAAGAUGCCGCAGGUGGCCGGGGCUCAGAGCCAGCCCGCGGUGGUGCAUUACAUGCAACGGUCCGCCGCAGCCGCUCAGCAGCCAACACCCCUGCAGCUACAAUUUCGAAACAAACUACGAAUGCACCAGAUGAGACUGCAGGGCGGCCUUCAGCAGUCAUCGGAUCCUAAUCCUGGUAACAAUUAUAUAAAAGCCACACCAAACGCCUUUCUGAAGCAGCAACUUCUGAAGAAACAGCAUCAUAAUUUCCUCCAGCAACAGCUCAUGGCAGACCAGGAGAAGCAAAGACAACAUGAUCAAAUAAAUGGCCACAUGAUCAGAGUGUCCCCUGAAUAUAAAGAGCAGAGGAGUGCAUUUGGAGUUCAGCAGUUAAGUCAGUUCCAAGGAAAUGUGGCCAAUUUCUACACAGCAAGCUGUCUCAAUCGGCAAUCUACUAAUGACCAGAUCAACAGUUUUUAUUACUUUGAUACAAGUGAAGAGUACGCCAACAGAAAGGGAGUGGGUGAUCAACCAGCAGAGUAA